AUGGCGCACGAGGCCGGGAGGAGCUCUCGUCCCGGGGGACCCUGCGGGGAGCUACGGGCCGAGCCAAGAGGUGACACUGGCGACGAGGACCAGCCUCAAGUCUGCGCCAAGUGUUGUGCCCAGUUCACUGACCCAACCGAGUUCCUCACCCACCAGAACACGUGUUGUACGGACCCCCCAGUGAUGGUGAUCCUUGGGAGCCAGGAAAAUUCCAGCUCGAACUCCUCCUCCUCUUCUGAAGCUCGAGCAGAAGGCCAGGACAGCCCCCAGAUUAUAGAUACAGAGCAUGGCAAUCCCCCCGACCCUGGGCCCUCAGUACCCACGGAUACCAGCUGGGGGCCAGAUCUGGCUCGAGAAGACUCUUCAGACCACUUUCUCAUUACCACAGCAGGAGCUACUUCAGCUAAAGUACCCAAGCCUGCUUUCUUCCACCUCUAUCACCCACUAGGGGCACAGCACCCCUUUUCUAGUGGUGGCAUAGGGCGAAGCCACAAACCCACCCCUACCCCAACCCCUUCCCCAGCAUUGCCAGGCACCACAGACCAACUGAUCUCCUCUCCCCACCUGGCAUUCCCUGGCACCACAGGACUGCUGGCAGCACAGUGUCUGGGGGCAGCCCGGGGCUUGGAAGCAGCAGCUUCCCCAGGUCUUCUGAAACCGAAGAACGGUAGUGGUGAGCUGGGCUAUGGAGAAGUGAUGGGCCCCUUAGAGAAGCCUGGCGGGCGCCACAAGUGCCGCUUUUGUGCCAAAGUAUUUGGCAGUGACAGUGCUCUACAGAUCCACCUGCGCUCUCACACUGGUGAGAGACCUUACAAGUGCAACGUCUGCGGCAACCGCUUCACCACUAGAGGUAACCUAAAGGUACAUUUCCACCGCCACCGAGAGAAGUACCCCCAUGUGCAGAUGAACCCUCACCCAGUACCAGAACACUUGGACUAUGUCAUCACUGGCAGCGGUCUCCCUUAUGGCAUGUCUGUGCCUCCAGAGAAGGCUGAGGAGGAAACCACUUCAGGGGGAGCUGAACGUAAGCCAUUGUCAGCUUCGGCCACAGCACUGACCGCCACUGAGAGCCUGACCCUGCUCUCCACCACCGCAGGCACGGCCACUGCUCCAGGGCUCCCGACCUUCAACAAAUUCGUGCUCAUGAAGGCAGUGGAACCAAAGAACAAAGCGGAUGAAAACACCCCACCUGGAAGUGAGGGCUCAGCUGUCUCUGGAGGAACAGAAACUGGCACCACAACUAGGAUGCAACUGAGUAAACUGGUAACAUCUCUGCCCAGUUGGGCACUGCUGACGAACCACUUCAAGACCAGUGGUGGCUUCCCUUUCCCAUAUGUGCUGGAGCCCUUGGGGGCUUCCCCUUCAGAGACGUCCAAGUUGCAGCAACUGGUGGAAAAGAUUGAUCGGCAGGGAGCUGCUGGGGCUGUUUCUACUGCCUCAGGGGCCUCUACCACCUCUGCCCCUGCGGUUUCCUCUUCAGCCUCCUCAGGCCCCAACCAGUGUGUCAUCUGCCUUCGGGUGUUGAGCUGUCCCCGGGCCCUGCGGCUUCAUUAUGGGCAGCACGGAGGAGAGAGGCCCUUCAAGUGCAAAGUAUGUGGCAGGGCAUUCUCUACUCGGGGCAAUCUUCGUGCCCACUUCGUGGGUCAUAAGGCUAGUCCAGCUGCCCGGGCCCAAAACUCUUGCCCCAUCUGCCAGAAGAAAUUCACCAAUGCCGUCACUCUGCAGCAGCAUGUCCGUAUGCAUCUUGGGGGGCAGAUCCCCAAUGGAGGCACCAUGCUGCCCGAAGGUGGGCUAGCUGUGAAGGAAAGUGGAGCUGAGCAGUCUGCACCACUAGCAGCAGGAGUCUUCCCUCAGCAACAGCAGCAGCAGCAGCAGCCACCACAGCAGCAGGCAUCCCCAGAGGAGGAGCUGUCUGAGGAAGAAGAAGAGGAGGAGGAGGAAGAAGAGGAAGAUAUAACAGAUGAGGAUUCCCUGGCAGGAAGGGGCUCAGAGAGUGGUGGUGAGAAGGCCAUUUCCAUGAGGGGGGAUUCUGAAGAAGCGUCUGGUCCAGAGGAUGAGGCAGUGGUCACAACACCAGCAUCUGGAAAGGAGAUGGACAGUGGCGAGAAGUCAGCCCAGCUGCCUUCCCUGCCGCUUCCUGGCAACCUGGAGGAACCUCAGUCCACAGAGCAUGGAAAAAAUGAGCUUACAGGAGGCAUUGAGGGGGGUGGACAGCCUGAGGGGAAUAGCAGCCCAACUUCAGUGCUCUCUCCAGAAGGGGAAGUAGCCAGUGCUGUCAUAGCAGAGGGGCCAGGCAUGCAGGAAGCCAGAAGGAAGGAGCAUGGGGAGAGUAUGAGCAGCAGCAGCAGCAACAACAGCAGUAAACGGUCCUGUGGGGUGUGUGGCCAGUCCUGUCCCAGCCAGGCAGCCCUAGAGGAACAUCACAAGGCCCACAGCAAGGAGGGGUCACUCUUCACCUGCAGCAUCUGCAAGCAGGGCUUCCCUGAGCGGGUCACCCUCAAGAAGCACGUGCUGCUGACACACCACCAGAACCAGUAUACACCUUUCCUGUCAAGUGGCCUGGCCUCUAAGCCCCCAGGUUCCAGCUCUACCUCUGCCACCACUGCUGCCCUGGCAACACCUGCCCUGUUUGGUCCAGGAACUAUAGCUGGGAAAUCAUCUCCAGCAAUAGGAUCCAGUGAGGCCAAGGAGAAGGCCACCCCCCUCAUAUUCCAGCCUCCUGCAUCCAAGACUGUACCCGAGAGUCCAGGCAGAGAAGAGAAGUAGCAAACUGCAGUGCCCCUCACCCUAUUCCAGAAGGUGCCAGCAAAUGGGAUUUUUCAUUGGUUCAUGGCGUAACCCUUUGGGGUGAGAAGAAAUACAGGGUAUGCCAGCCCAUAGGCCCUGAGAGUCACAUGUAGGCAAAGGAGACUGGUUGGUGGGUGUGGCAGGACAUGUCAGCCUUCUCCCGACCCCGCCUUGAGGAGACACUGGAGAAUGGCAACUCUCUCAUCUUGACAGUUUUCCAAUGUAGGAUUUGGAGUGUACAAGUCUGACUUAUUUCUGGAAGGAGCAGUUUAGUUGGGGGUUGAGGGUGGUUCAUGGACUGCAGACAGGAACAUGAGGAGGGAAAUAAAAGUAUAAGGCCUGGUAUGAACGCUUGCCAUUCCAGGUCUGGGAAAUAUAUCUGAAGGAGGGAUGCCCCAAUUCAGAUUGAAUGGCUCUAGUGAAUGUUUGGCUCUAAUAAUGAGUGCACAAAGAGGACAAAGUAACAAGUCCCUCCAAACUGGGGUGUUUCCAGUUUAUUAGGACCCCCCCACCUUUCCCUGGAUCCUACUUUUUCCCUAAUAUCCCUUUUCUUUAAGCUCUUCCUCCUCCCUACUCUCCCUGCCCAUGGACCAGGGCUUAUGUCUUCACCACUCUCUGGCUCUUUCAGAGACUACCAGCUCCUGGAGGUAUAUGCCCUUCUCCUCCCUCCUGUAACAGACAAAAUGUAGUAUUUACUCUUAACAUAGGAUUAUGUUAAACAGGAGCUCCAGAGAAGCAGUGACUGAGAGUCCUGCUGUCGAGGGACAUGAUCAUGGCAGCUUCUCUAAAACUGUAGGCCCCAGAAAUUCCUAACAUAGUGAAAUGUGCAGGGCAGAGAGGGGAGA